CGGGGCCGCCGCCCCUGGUCGCCGGCUGCGGCGCGGACUUGAGAAAGGAGUAGUUCGCGCGCUGCGGAAGCACCACAGGAGCCCCCUCCUCCCGGCCGCGCCAAGGUGACCCCCUCGUUGACCCCGGCCCGCGGGCCACCUGCUCGGGGCGCCCUGGCCAUCCCCGUCGCGUGCGCCGCGCGGCCCCGCGAGGACAGGGGUUAAAAUGAAUGAAGACCUGAAGGUCAAUCUAAGCGGGCUGCCCCGGGACCACUCAGACGCCGGUUCUGCGGAGAACCUGUCGGCUGCGGUCUCCUCCCAGAUUCCCGCUGUAGAGCCGGAGCCCGAGCUCGCGGUAAACCCCUGGGACAUUGUCUUGUGCACCUCGGGAACGCUCAUCUCCUGCGAAAACGCCAUCGUGGUCCUUAUCAUUUUCCAUAACCCCAGCCUGCGAGCGCCCAUGUUCCUGCUCAUCGGCAGCCUGGCGCUCGCGGACCUGCUGGCGGGCGUCGGGCUCGUGGUCAAUUUUGUGUUCGCCUACCUGCUGCGGUCAGAGGCCACCAAGCUGGUCACCAUCGGCCUCAUCGUCGCCUCCUUCUCCGCCUCGGUCUGCAGCUUGCUGGCCAUCACGGUGGACCGCUACCUCUCGCUGUAUUACGCUCUGACUUACAACUCGGAGAGGACGGUCACGUUUACCUAUGUCAUGCUUAUCAUGCUGUGGGGGGCGUCCAUCUGUCUGGGCCUGCUGCCCGUCCUGGGCUGGAACUGCCUCAAAGACGAGUCCACCUGCAGCGUGGUCAGGCCCCUCACCAAGAACAACGCGGCGGUGCUCUCGGUCUCCUUCCUGUUCAUGUUUGCGCUCAUGCUGCAGCUCUACGUCCAGAUCUGUAAGAUCGUGAUGAGACACGCCCACCAGAUCGCCCUGCAGCACCACUUCCUGGCCACGUCGCACUACGUGACCACCCGGAAAGGGGUCUCCACCCUGGCGCUCAUCCUGGGCACCUUCGCUGCUUGCUGGAUGCCUUUCACCCUCUAUUCCUUGAUAGCAGAUUCCACCUACCCCUCCAUGUACACGUACGCGACUCUCCUGCCUGCCACCUACAACUCCAUCAUCAACCCGGUCAUCUAUGCUUUCCGAAACCAGGAGAUCCAGAAAGCCCUCUGUCUGGUUUGCUGCGGCUGCGUCCCGUCCAGCGUCUCCCAGAGAGCGCGGUCGCCCAGCGAUGUGUAGCACCGCGCCGCUGAGGAGGACGCGGCACACUUGGAUUUUGCGUUUACCGAGCACUUGCACUGCCUGGCUGCCUGGCUGAGUGCUUGAGAUGCUUUCCCUAAAUUCUUUGGGUUGGAUUCUCCCGAAGGCACAGGAGCACUUAGCAUUUGUGAAGCAGUGACAUCAUUUAGAUGAGUUAAGUGAUUGAAGUGAAAAUAAUGUUACCAGUGUUUUUACCCUUUUCAAAAAAAAAAAAAAAAAAAUGGAGUUCUUUG